AUGGAUCGUUACCCAGGCGACAGUACCACAGGACCCAACAUCACCACCAACUGCACCGGUCCCCGUCCCAGUACCCUGCAGAUGGCGCCCUUCACCGACGUGACGGCUGUGGUGGCGGUGGUCCUGGGCCUCCUCACCCUCCUCACCGCGCUCAUCAAUAGCGGCGUCAUAGUCGCCAUCUGCACCACCAAGAAGCUACACCUACCUGCCAACUACCUCAUCUGUUCUCUGGCGGUCACCGACUUCCUGGUGGCGGUGCUGGUGAUGCCCAUCAGCAUCCUCUACAUCACCAUGGAGACGUGGGCGCUGGGUCAGGUGGUGUGUGAGGUGUGGCUGAGCGUAGACAUGACCUGCUGCACCUGCUCCAUCCUGCACCUCUGCGUCAUCGCUUUGGACCGCUACUGGGCCAUCACGAAGGCCAUCGAGUACGCACGCAAGAGGUCGGGCCGCCGUGCCGCCGCCAUGGUGGGGGUAGUGUGGGUCAUCUCCGUUUUCAUAUCGAUCCCACCGUUAUUCUGGAGGCGGAGGUCCGGAAGACGGAGCCUGCAGCAGUGCAUCAUCGAACACGACCACCUGGGCUACACCAUCUACUCCACUCUGGGGGCCUUUUACGUCCCCAUGGUCGUCAUUCUUAUCCUCUACUAUAAGAUCUACAGCGCCGCCAAGACCCUGUACCAGAAACGGGGUUCGUCUCGACACCUGAGCAGUCGCAGCCUGGGCAGUCAGACCUCCGUAGACCACUGCCGAGUCUCCCACACAUUCUGCGUGUCCGAUUUGUCCAACUCCGAUCCCACGCUCGGCGCCAGCGUCUGCAUCCCGACCUUUGAUGCAGACGUGGACGGGCAGGAUGCGAAAAAACAGAUAUGCACUUCACGGGAGAGAAAAGCCGCCAGGAUCCUGGGUCUGAUCUUGGGGGCGUUCAUUAUUUGCUGGUUGCCGUUCUUUUUGAAGGAGCUCCUGGUGGGCCUUGGACUCCUGCAGGCUCCUCAGCUGCUGUCGGACCUCCUCACGUGGCUGGGUUACAUUAACUCCCUCAUCAACCCCCUGCUUUACACCAGUUUUAAUGACGACUUUAAGUUGGCUUUUAAAAAGCUACUGAAGAGAAAGGAGCACGCAUAG